AUGGCCACUUCGACCCCCAGCCGCCCAUCGUCAAAGCCCCCCUCGUCUCCCCUCCCACCCGUCACACCCCUCACUGCAGAGCAGUACACCCUCAAUCAUCCUCCAUCUGAGACUGGAUCUCGGCGCAGCUCUUUGGGGACGCGCAGCUCGACGGAUACCAGAUUCAAAGGCGCUCUUGACCUCAGCGCUCACCCCAGUGGAGAUCAGGGAGGAGACAGGCCAUCGCUGGACUCACCGCCGCCGACAGGGUCGACCUCUGGUCAAUCACAAUCAUCGCACUCCACUCUCGAGUUUCUCGACAAUGAUCUUUCAGAUCUCGACGCUGAAUUAGACAUUGACAACAUGGACGACUUGGACUAUGAUGAAGAGAGUAUGGAUACGGGUGUGGAUGAGCCGUUAGUGAGGGGGCGUGGAAGUAGGCCGAGAAGGAGAGCACGGAGAAAGGGCUGGGAAGAAGAAAAGGUAGAGAAGGGGUUGAUAGAGCUGAUACCAUCAAUAAUACUAUCGCACCCGCUGCCUCUGCUACCACUACUGGCAUUGUUGCCAUACAACUUUCUGCCAGCCGGUGUAGUCUUCUUCAUCCCAAUUAUCUGUGUCCUGGCUCUAUUGUCUAUUUGCGCCCAUAUCGUUAUUGUCUAUCUCUCUUGGUAUCUCAAGAUGCCGUCAUUCGAAGACGUAUUUGCCAAUGUUACUGGCAAGUACAGUAAGUAUGGCCUCUGGGGUGCACGCGUAGCUCUCAUCACCGCCGUGCUGGGUAUGGUCGUUAGUUGGAUCGAAACUAUACACCCCCUGUUGGAACCGGUGGUUGAGACAUAUCUGCCAUCAAACAAGUUCUUCCAGUCCAGAAUCGUGUGGACCAUCGGGGGUUCUACGAUUCUCAUCCCCAGCCUGUUGCCCUCUCGAAUGAGCCUAUCCCUGCGCCGCUCUCCCAUCUUCUUUGCCCUCUUGUUACCGAUCAUCGCCUUCCUUGUCAUUGGUCGUACAGUGGAGAUCAAAAAGGCGGCAGACCAAACAGGUGGAGAUGUGGGCAACAGCACUGAAUCUGCUGUGGCUGUGGCCAGUAACGCACUAGGGCAUUUGGCAAAAAGGCGAUUUGGAUUGGCCGGUAAAAGUAGCGCAGGAGCUGGGUUGACCACCCUUACCAUCUUCUUCUCUCCCCAUAUCAAUACUCUCCCAAUCCAUGGUACUCUUGCGCGCUCCAAACGAGCAAGCUUCUUCAUGCCUUGCCUUUUCGCAGGAGCCAUUAUCCUCGUCUUGGCCUUACCCCUCGCUCUCGUCCCCUACUACCUCCUCCCUCUUUCAGAUGGCAGCCCGGACACAUCUACUAUAUACAGUCCCAACACCAACGCCCCCUCUGGCAUCUUUAGCCAUCUCCCCGCUGACGAUGCUUGGCUCAACCUUGCUCGUAUUCUUCAAGUCGCUCUGACUCUGGGCUCGACCAACAUCUGGAUCUUGCGCGGAAGAGAUGUAGUGUUGAAAGCGAUGAAUGUGGAAGGAGGGGAUAGGUAUAAAGCGGGCAGAUGGGUUGGGCUGGCGUGCUGGGUGAUUGUUGUUGGACUAGCUUGCAUUGGGGGCUGGGUUGCGGACAAGGUUGAAUUGAUGGGUGUAUUGGGCGUGUUGAUUGUCGGAUGGUUUUUGCCUUCAUUAUUCUUUAUCAUCGCAUUCCACGUACGGUCGCCCCUGUCCAUCAUCUUCCCUUCUCGUCAAAAUCCAUCAACCUCUCAGCUCCCUCCUCCCAAUACCUCCACUCACUCGCUCCCGCGUCGCGGGCAAGGCGGCCACUCUCGGAGCAGCAGCCUGAGUGAUCCCACGACGGACGUGCUCCUAGCGAGAAAAGAGAGACAGCUGCAGAAGAGACGAUUGGGGAGGAGGCUGUGGCAGGAUUUGAUUGUGUAUCUGGGCAUCUUGCCUGUGGGGUGUGUGACGAUAGCUUGGACGGCGGGGAGGUUUGUGGGGCUAUGGUGA